AGACCGCUCCCUCCGCCCUGCUCCCUCCGCCCUCCCCGGGCUUCGGCGGCUUCGGAGUGUACAGGACCGGCCCGGCCACAGAGCGCAGGGCGGCGGGUGGGACUCGGGCGCCUGACAGAGUUGUUCCGGCGGCGGCCGCGGAGACGUGAGUUUUACCAGGUGGAUGUGGGAAGAGAAGUUUACGGAAUUGAAAUGGAGGUCAGAGCUGCGUUACAGAAGGUUAGUGGGUCAUCUGAUUCUGUGGCUACACUGAACAGUGAAGAAUUUGUUUUGGUUCCUCAGCAGGCAGAUGAUACUUCUACAAAAGAUGAUGAAAAACCUCAGCUGAAGAUAGCUUCCAAUGGUGAUGAACAGUUGGAAAAAGCCAUGGAAGAGAUUUUGAGAGAUUCUGAGAAAGGGCAAAACAGUCUGCUUGUUGAUUGUCAGGCUUCUGGGGAGAUUUCAGGCCAUUCGUUUGGAGAUGUUCCAGCCAGCCAAGCAAAUAAGCCAUCUCUUCAGUUAAUUUUGGACCCAUCUAACACAGAAAUUUCCACUCCCAGACCGUCUUCCCCUGGUGGACAUCCUGAAGAAGAUAGUGUUUUAUUUAACAAAUUGACCUACUUAGGAUGUAUGAAGGUUUCUUCCCCACGUAAUGAAGUGGAGGCUUUACGGGCAAUGGCAACCAUGAGAUCUUCCAGUCAGUACCCUUUUCCUGUUACUCUAUAUGUGCCAAAUGUUCCAGAAGGUUCUGUGAGAAUCAUAGACCAAUCCAGGAAUGUGGAGAUAGCAUCUUUCCCAAUCUAUAAAGUGCUGUUCUGUGCACGAGGGCAUGAUGGAACAACAGAGAGCAAUUGCUUUGCAUUUACAGAGAGUUCGCAUGGUUCAGAGGAAUUUCAGAUACAUGUUUUCUCCUGUGAAAUUAAAGAGGCAGUAAGCAGAAUUUUGUAUAGUUUCUGUACAGCAUUCAAACGUUCUUCUAGACAAGUGUCUGAUGUUAAAGAUUCUAUCAUUCCGACUCCCGACAGUGAUGUAUUUACUUUCAGUGUCUCCUUGGAGGUAAAAGAAGAUGAUGGAAAAGGAAACUUUAGUCCUGUUCCUAAGGAUAGAGAUAAAUUUUAUUUCAAACUAAAGCAAGGAAUAGAGAAGAAGGUUGUGAUUACAGUUCAGCAACUUUCUAACAAAGAAUUAGCUAUUGAAAGAUGUUUUGGAAUGUUAUUAAGCCCAGGUCGAAACGUGAAGAACAGUGACAUGCAUUUACUGGAUAUGGAAUCCAUGGGAAAGAGCUAUGAUGGCAGAGCCUAUGUCAUCACUGGCAUGUGGAACCCUAAUGCACCAAUAUUUCUGGCACUUAAUGAAGAAACCCCAAAAGAUAAACGUGUAUACAUGACUGUGGCAGUGGAUAUGGUAGUCACGGAGGUGGUAGAGCCUGUCCGCUUUCUCCUGGAGACAGUAGUUCGGGUGUACCCUGCAAAUGAGAGAUUUUGGUAUUUCAGCAGGAAGACUUUCACAGAGACUUUCUUCAUGAGGUUGAAACAGUCUGACGGAAAAGACCAUACCAGUGUUGGAGAUGCAAUAUAUGAAGUUGUGAGUCUACAGAGAGAGUCUGACAAGGAAGAGCCAAUCACUCCUACUAGUGGAGGGGGUCCAAUGUCACCCCAGGAGGAUGAAGCAGAAGAGGAGAGUGAUAAUGAACUCUCAAGUGGAACAGGUGAUGUGUCAAAAGACUGUCCUGAAAAGAUCCUCUAUUCUUGGGGAGAAUUGUUAGGAAGAUGGCACAAUAACCUUGGUGCCCGACCGAAAGGGCUAUCCACUUUGGUCAAGAGUGGUGUUCCAGAAGCAUUGAGGGCAGAAGUAUGGCAACUAUUAGCAGGCUGCCAUGACAACCAGGAAAUGCUGGAUAGGUACCGAAUUCUUAUCACAAAGGAUUCAGCUCAGGAGAGUGUCAUUACUCGAGAUAUUCAUCGCACAUUUCCUGCACAUGAUUACUUCAAAGACACUGGAGGAGAUGGUCAAGAGUCACUCUACAAGAUCUGCAAGGCUUAUUCUGUGUAUGAUGAAGACAUCGGGUACUGUCAAGGACAGUCUUUUCUUGCUGCUGUGUUGCUUUUGCACAUGCCAGAGGAACAAGCAUUCUGCAUUUUGGUAAAAAUCAUGUAUAAAUAUGGUUUGCGAGACCUCUACAAAAACAAUUUUGAAGAUCUUCAUUGCAAAUUCCAUCAGCUGGAGAAACUAAUGCAGGAACAGCUGCCGGACCUGUAUAACCAUUUUUGUGAUCUGAACCUGGAAGCUCAUAUGUAUGCAUCCCAGUGGUUCCUCACUCUUUUUACUGCCAAGUUCCCACUCUGCAUGGUGUUCCACAUCAUUGACCUACUGCUUUGUGAGGGUUUGAACAUAAUCUUUCACGUAGCUUUGGCUCUCCUAAAGACCUCAAAGGAAGACCUUCUUCAGGCUGAUUUUGAAGGUGCUUUGAAGUUCUUCAGAGUUCAGCUUCCAAAGAGAUACAGGGCAGAGGAAAAUGCAAGAAGAUUGAUGGAGCAGGCCUGCAAUAUUAAAGUCCCAACAAAAAAGCUGAAGAAAUAUGAAAAAGAAUAUCAGGCAAUGCGGGAGAAUCAGCUGCAACAGGAAGACCCAAUGGAUAGAUACAAGAGGGAGAACCGAAGAUUACAAGAGGCCAGCAUGAGGUUGGAGCAAGAGAACGAUGACCUUGCCCAUGAACUAGUAACCAGCAAAAUUGCUCUGCGCAAUGACUUGGAUCAGGCAGAAGACAAAGCAGAUGUGCUGAAUAAGGAGCUUCUCCUGACCAAGCAGAGGCUGGUGGAGACAGAGGAGGAAAAGAGGAAGCAGGAGGAAGAGACUGCCCAGCUAAAAGAAGUCUUCAGAAAACAGUUAGAGAAGGCAGAAUAUGAAAUAAAGAAGACUACAGCUAUCAUUGCUGAGUAUAAACAGAUAUGUUCCCAGUUAAGUACCAGGCUGGAGAAACAGCAAGCAGCCAGCAAGGAGGAGCUGGAAACAGUAAAGGGUAAAAUGAUGGCAUGCAAACACUGCAGUGACAUUUUUAGCAAGGAAGGAGCUUUGAAGCCAGCAGCCAUAAGCAGAGAGGACCAGGGCAUUGAAGCAGAUGAUGAGAAGGACUCACUCAAGAAGCAGCUGAGGGAGAUGGAGCUGGAACUGGCGCAAACCAAACUGCAGCUAGUGGAAGCCAAGUGCAAAAUUCAGGAACUUGAACAUCAGAGAGGAGCUCUUAUGAAUGAAAUCCAAGCUGCAAAAAACUCUUGGUUCAGCAAAACCCUGAACUCUAUCAAAACGGCCGCAGGUACCCAGCCACUACAGCCACCACAGGCCACCCAGCCACCCAAGGAGAGCACAUAGUUCCAGCCUCACCCAAGCACAAGAGCACAAUGAUCAAAGCAAUGGAAACCUGAGAAUUCCUCCUGGUGUCCCUUUGAAGGAAUGUAAAGGAGGCCAGAAAGCGAGUUAGAAUCUUUCAGUAGCUCUCAGCCUUUCUUGUAUGACACUGUUCAAAGGGAUGUUAUUUAAAUGACAUGAUUUAUGUUGAAUACCAAUUUUUCAGCUUCUUCAUGGAAGGCCAUGUUCAGAUCCAUCAUAAUAUCACACCUUAUUUUAUAUGCUUGGUGUUUAGUUUGAAAUAAGUAAUCUAGAACUAAGUACUUUUUGUUUAGAAUUAAUUAUUCAUAAUUAAUUUUCUCUUACAUAAAAAUAGAGGCUUAUGUUAUUCCAAUGUCAAAGUGAUAAGAUCUUUGUCAUAGAAUUUCUUUUUCAAAGGAACCUAAGCCCCUUUAACUUUCCAGGAGUUAUUCAAAUAAAGCACACUGUGGAGCUGCUCAUGACCACCAUCAGGCUUCACCCUAAAAGUGAUUCCUAGAGUAGUGAUACUCCUGUCCCAAGGAAAGAACAGAUCAGGGAUUGAGUUGAAAGGUCCCAAAGAUAAUUGUUUUUUGUUGGGUACAUCUGGAAACGAAGUGCCAAAAGCUGCAGAAUAGAUGGGCUACUGAGACCACACACUAGGUAAAUAAACUAAGAUUUUGAUAAAUGUGCAAUAGAAUCAUUUUGGUUCUGGUAUUCUAGAUGAUCCUUUUAAGAACUCUACCAGGGGCUUAUGCUACUAGUAUACCUACAUUUAUCUAAACUCAAAGAUAUAUGUUAUGAGUUGCAAACUUAGGGAACCUUCACCAGAGAACUGUCUACAGAGGCCGAUGUUUAGCCACGGUUCUUAGAGCACAGAACAGUGAUGAUUUAUUUGAUGUUGACAUACUUGUUAAUGAAAACACUAAUGUUCUUUAAUUUUGUUAAAGGAUGUAAUAUUGCCAAGGAAACCUAGGUCAAGCUCCAUAUAAUUUUAAUGUUAGGCAACUUUUCCUGACGUCUGUACAUCCCUAACAAUGCCCUGAGUACCCAUACAUGAAGAGAGAAACAAGUGCAUUUCUAACAUUUUCGAUUGACCAUAAAACAUUUAUAGAAAUAGACAACCCAUGGAAAGGUAGGCUGCUGUUUAAAAAUUGGUGCAAAUAUUUUUCAAUUAUAUUUGACAUGCCUAUAUAAAUAGCCCUUGCAAGAAAUUCUUUGGUAAGAACAGAACUAAUUUUCCCAUUUUCUAAGCUACUGUGGAAGUGUCUGGUCCUUUUACAACAACCAAACUACUGUCAGCUAUGUACAGGAACACUUACUUAUAUUCAUCUUUGGCUUCAUUUUUAAGCAUACUGUUUCCAAAGGAUCUUAAACUAUGUAGUACCAGAGUGGUUCUCCUUUGUGCCAUAUGUUAAACUGUAAAUAACACAUUCUAAAUAAUAUACAUCAAGCAGAGCCCUUUCAACCCCUCACUACAAGUUGCCCACAGCAGAGCCUUUCCUUUAAAAUGAUCUUUGAGUUCUAAAAAGUGAAAUUCCUUUAAUCUCUAGGUGUUUAUAUCAUCCAUAACCCAUAAAAUUGAUCUGCUUGGUAUCUGUUACACUUUUCAAAUAUUUUCCAUAUAGUAAUUUUAGUUGUUGUAGUUCUAUCUUUCAUCAGAAGAUUCAUUUUCUUUUUAUCAAAAGGGCACUUACCCAGCAUUCCAAGUAUUUUUGUUGACUUUAACAUUCCCUACAUGGUGAUUUAGAUAAGCUAUUUUUUCUAUAAAAUAUAAUGCCUAUGAAAUUAUAUCUUGUUUCUGUAAAUCAUUUAAUCUGUUAGCUUUACUGGUACUAUAAGCUUUGAUUCCAAGAUGCUCUAUACAAGUCACUUUUUCAAACGGCCAGGUAAGUUAAAGAUGUACUUUUGUGUUGUGAACUUUUAGUACCACUCAGAGCUUUUUUGGCUUGUAAAAAUAAAUACAUUCCACAGAACACCUAAGUUGCAUAAUUUUCCUAAAAUGAUAAAUGAGGGAGAAACAGAAUGGUUCUAUAUCAAGUCCUUAUCUGUUCAGGUUCAUAGCACCUUUCCUUUUCCUUUUUAAACAAAAAUCACUAAGUGCAUAUGUUUUAAAAGAUAGAUAUAGCUUGAGAUUUUUUCUAACUCUUGCAGAAAAACACAUAAGGGCACUAUAUAAUCUUUUUGUUCUCCAGCUCCAUAUCAUACAUGGGCAUGUAUAUUGGUACUGUGUCUAAAUAGCCCUGCACUACACUGUCCUUGAGACAGUAGCAGUAGUAAAGACUGGAAAGAAAAUUCAAAAGGUGAUAUGUGAUUGCUUGUUCAUACAAUUUUCACGACAGCAAUUCUCCAAAUCAUAUAUCUUUCACUACUGGUUUAAAACUCAUGCUUGCCAACAUGAAACAACUACACAUUUUAAUUUCACUUAGUUUUGUAUAUAUUUGAGAACUGUAACUUUUUUCCAUUUUUUUCUUGGGACAGGAUCUACUAUGUAGCCUAGGAUGGCCUUGAACUUGGAACCUUCAUACCUCAGCUUCCCAAGUGCUGAGAUUAGUGGCAUGUAUUAUCACAGUUAAAAGUCUUCUCUUGAAUUCCUUGUAGAAAAAGAUAAACCAGCCAAAUAUCCAGGAAAUACUUAAACAUUGUAAUUAUUUUCAUACUUUCUAAAGAUUUAUAUUGUGUUAAACAUUCCUCCAAAAAUCUAGUGAAAAGUGAUCAUUUCUUCUUUCAUUAAGUUCUAUAGUAUAUAGUGAAUAAAAUUCAGAUAACUAGCUUUUAUAACUUAAGAGCCUUAUUUAAUACAUUCUUUAAAGCUGAAGAAACCAAGCUGGACUUUAGAGUGCAUAUGUUUGCUAGCUUCCCACAUCCUGAGCCAAGUCACAAUUUAGCUAUAUUUAGUACAUGUAGUUUAAUGCAAAGAUAUUCUCAGUUCACUACAGUUCAGUAUGUGAGUGCCUACCAAAAAGAAUAACAGGGAUGCCAUAUAGGCCUGCAGCCUCUCUUUUCAUACAAUGUCUGUCUUCUUCUCACCAGCUAUUAAAUUAGUAAUUUCUUCUUCGUUGGCUUUCUUGAAUUUACCUGAUAAAGUAGAAAAGAAACCUUUGUACCAAUAUUGAGUUGAUUUUUCCUUUCGUUACAUUUAUUUUAAAGCUGUUCAUUCUUUCCUACUGUAUAUUAAUAUUUAUUUUUCUCCAGCCCCUACUCCACUUCAAAUAUUUUCUAGUGGUUUCAUUUCUUAACUGAAGUUAAGACAACUGAAAUAAUGCUGAAGGCACUGAGCUAAAAGUUAGACCCUUAAAGGAGCCACUCAAGAAUCAGUGCUGGAUGUGGAGGCUAAGGCUCUGGGAUGCCUGUGAGUUCCAAGGCCAUCUUGGGCCACCAUAGUGAGUUCCAGUCCAGCCAAAAUUACGUAGCAAGACCUUGUCUCAAAAACAAACAAACCAAAAAAACCGAACAAGUAGUUAAUGUCAAGAUUGAGCUUCCCGUGUGCUAGUUAGCUGAAAUCAGUUCUGCUAAUGAUCUCAAAAGAACAUUUUAAAAGACCUUGUUUAAUCUUCUAAGAAAGAACACUUAGCAAGAUGAUGGUAUUACAUAACUUAUUCUUUAAAAUACAACAGAUGAUUCUCUUGUUUUCAUAUCAAGUAAUCGAGAUAAUGAACAAAUUGUGUUGUAUGAUUUGAGCAGCUAGGGCGUGUGUGUGUGUGUGUGUGUGUGUGUGUGUGUGUGUGUGUGUGAUGAAAUUUUUAGAGAGUAUCUUGUUUCUUUUGUAUAGAUACCAUUGCAACCAAAUACACAUUAAAAUUUCAAGACAUAAUGAUUAAAACUGGAAGCCUAGACAACAGCUCUUAGCCUAUGUUUCCAAUGACCAGGCUUAAAACUCUCUAGUCGCUUGUGCUGAUGGUCACAUUGGGUUAGAACUGUCUGAAAACAUUCUUCCUUUCUUAUGGUGGCUUAUAUGCAAUACAUGCAAGGAAGGCACUUUACCAAUUUCCUUAACUUUCAAACUCUGUAAACAAAAGGACUUCAAAUACAUUCCACACUUAACAAGUGAGGCUAAUCUUGAGUAUAAGGAGAAAAGGUAGAUGUUUAUGGGAUUUUAGUGACUACAGUCAGCUGUCGGUGUAUCUUUCUCAGUUUCUUCUAAAAAAAAUCUCCACUCUAAGUGUACCUCCAAUAAAACUUGCUAUCUGCCAGAAACCUGUCUUCAUCAAUAAAGCCCCCUCAUUUUGCCCUCAUCUCUGGUUUAUCUUUAUAUUCUGAAAAGUUUAAGAAAGAUGAAUCUUUGAGAAGAAAAUGAACAUUCAAAAUUACUUUUUUUAAAAUUGAUAAUUGGCUAACAUCAGACCUUUUUCAGUAACUACAACUUUCCAUAAUUAUAUUGUAUAUGGAAAAAGAUAAAGGAAACCAAUUUAUGAGGAUACAAACGUAUCCACAGAUUGUAGUGUCAUGAAAGCACAAGAAUAAAGCUGCAGGUGAUUCCCAGAAUCCAAGAUGUCCAAGUAGCCCUCUGGGUUGGUUUCUGUAUUUUUGGUAUUUUGCAUAAUGCAUGGAUUUUUAGUUCAAAUUAGGGAAAAAGUUUCUUAGUUGGCCGCACUUCCUUUCUUUACAACUCCUACCUUUCCCUUGCUGAGGAGGUAGUAGAAAUUUUAUACAAUCUAUUUUUAUGAAACUUAUGAUUUCUCCCAGCAUCUACAAUGAAAACAGGUUAGAAUACAGAAUUUGAUUAGUCUGGAAAAUGCUAAUUGACUACAAAAGAAUCAUUAGCCAUCUUUAUCUAUAAACAUUGACCAAUUAGAUGUUUCCAUAAUGCCAUGUAUUAUGUAUAGUACACUCUAUUAAUGUAAAUGUAAUGCUUGUUAAAAAAGUGCAAUUUAUUGUACAUUGUCCCAACAAAUGUUUACUUUUAUAAUCGUUAUGAACUUGGAUUGGAUUGGUAUCUUGUUUUCAUGUGUGAAUGAAACCUUGUGAAAUAAACAAAUGCAACCAAGAAAGUAGCAGGGUGAUUGUUUUUGUGAGCCAGUGAUGUUUUCAAUGCUUUGUGUUGCCCCUUUGGUCCCAUUAAACAGUAAUAAACAUUUGUUUUAAGGUC